AUGGACAUCUCCCCAAUACGGCUUCAAAGGCACCAAGAGGAGAUGAUUGAGUGCUGGGAUAACGAUGGGGAUUUCCAAUGCGGCGAUGAAAUUUACUUUCGGACCGCUUCUUCAGCAACGUCCGUGACCGGAUCUUCCAUUCGACCCUCUGGCCAUCGAGACUCCAUUUCUUCCCGCCUUUCUUGCAGGUCGGAUCGCGAUUCCAACUAUGGCGACGAAGAAAGCUGGCAGGUGCUGUUGGACCAAGAUGAGUUUGGCACCGAAGAUGCGAUUGUAUCCGCCAAAAACGCCGGGAUUCCCAUUCCCGACGGAAUACCAAAGUCAGCCCUCUUAGGGGGGACAAUAAAAAGACUAGGUGGCCGAAAGAGUAAAAAAGUCUUAGAAGAUGACUGGUCCGAAGAUUUGGACUUUGCAGGUUUGCACGGAGACCUUAGGUUACGAUUCAAACACGAAGCAACCUCGCCAGAAUCUCUCCUACAUCUCAGCUCGCUACCAACAAGCCCAUCUAAGUCUCGAGACCUGGAAUUUUUCACAGAUAUGGUCAACCGCUCGCCAGCACCCAAACCUUUCUUCAAUGAUUUAUAUAAAUUUAGGGAUACGGAUGAAGAUGCUUCUUUUGACGAUGUUCCAACGAUCAAAUUAGCAAAAUCUCGACCUCAACCGAUUUCGAACGCGUUCGCAAUACCAACCCCGACAGAACCCACUACCCAAGACGAAAGCAUCGAAACAGACUUGGUCCUCCCGUCAGAUGGUGAGCCGUUACGUCUCUCCACUAAACGAGAAGUCUCCAAGACGCCUGACAUCUUCGGGGACGAGUUUGAUGCUGAAUGGGCAGAAGGUAGCAUUGGCGUCCGGUUUGGCGGAACAAAAAGGGAAGGGUUCUCGGCUCGUAGCUCGACGGUAUCCGCAUUGAGCCCAAGCGUUUCCAGUUGCUUGACGGUUGAAAGCGAAGAUGAAGGAUACAACGAUCUUAUUUUGCCUGAUGAGCCGUUAGACUUACAAAAAUCGCUGCAAAGGAGGCAAGCGUCUACACCACCUGCUACCCCAACUUUCCGUCCUGAGCCUGAUGCCCCCAAAGACUCUGCUCAAACGGUUGAUGACUUUUUCUCAGAGAUUGAGAUUGGUAACGGAGAGGUUUUUGAUACAGAGAAAUUGACUCUGAAUCAAAAUAUCAAGCGCAAGGUUACAAGGCCAGCGAGCCCUGCUAGACGUGGAGCCACGACCAUAACAUUCACAAGCCGGACCUCGACUACUCGGAUCCCCAGAUUAUCCGGCCUUGAGAGGCCCCGUUCUACCCAACUUGAGCCCGUGUCAGAAAGCGGUGCACCUGUGUCUAAAUUCGUCCGCCCUACCUCUCGGUUGAGUGGACAUGCCAACCACUCAUCCCUAUCGAAUAUUUCGGUGUCGAGCGCUGGCUCAACGUCGUCGACUACUCCGAGCCGUCGACCUACCAGUAGCAGCAGCUCCAAGGACACAGCGAGAUGCGAAUCGAAUACCACAACUAGCCAGUUGCUCAAAUCUAAGCGAUCAAUCUCGAGCAUGCGAAACUACAAUGCCGGAAUGACAUCCGCGCUGCAGAGAUCUCCCGGACGACAAGAAAACAAUGCGACUACGCGAACCACGGCGUCUCUCCGCCCAAAGACGCCAAACGACCGACCAACAACUGACUCUCGUCUUGGGCACCAACGACGACACCAUAUGCCAUUCAUUCCAGCCGGGGCCUCUCCCAAACAGUCACAUCAUGCAAGUCUUAAAACAAGCAGGCAGUUUCGCCGUGCAGACUCGGAUAGCUCUGGUGAUAUUUUCACACACCACAGAUCAACGUCACGCGUUUCAACUUCCUCAGCUUUAUCAGACACUACGCGUCGGGGAAGCACCGAUCUCCCUGUAGGGCUAUUUGGUGCUGCUGCGAAACAUACUAUUACCAAGCCCAAUCGAAAACGGCAUUUUGGAGACGGCACUGAAUUGGACAUUUUUGACGAUCUCCCAACCUCGGUGACUGCUGAAAGUAAAUUUGUAAAACUACCUAUCAAAAAAGGCCCUCCACGGGCUCUGCGGAAUAGGCUCAGUCAAUCAGGCAUCCCCAUACCAGCCAAAAUGGAGGCAACAAGCCCUUCCUUGCCAAUGAGUCCUCCACGGCAGGACUUUACACCUAGGUUUGCUCGCGAUACCAACGCGUCCAGGAUCGCGAGAGAACAAAGAAUUGCCACGAUGGCUCACAAUCAAAAAGAACGCGAACACGGGCCCCUAGCUCCGAUAAGUGCGAAUUGGAAGUCGCCGCCGUUUCCCAGGCCACCUUCCAGCCCUACAAUGGUUAAAAGCAGGCAUGGACAUAAACAUCGUAAUUCUGUCAGCCGGCCCCAGCUAAUCAAGCCGAUGGGCAAUGGUGUGCAUGAGCCGAAAUCCGUCAAAGGAAUGAACUAUAACCCUGUGUUAUAUAGAUGGGAAGGAAACGAAACCGCUACAGCUGCCUUCGAUCCGCCUCCUAUAUCAACACCUUCCAAGUCCUCGCUUGCACUGAUUAGCAAUAUCGGUGGAAUAACUGGCACUCAGGUUGUGGGCUCCAUGAUAUUCGAUCCCCAACGUAUGUGUUGGCUUAAAGCGACAUCUUCCCUACCCGGGAAAACCACUGCCACAUCUCCACCAGAUGAGGAUGACGUGUUUGCUGGUCUUGAUGAUCUCGAAGAUCGACCCCAAAAAUCUAAUAUGGCUUCCCGAGCAGUAUCAACAGCGGUUGAUGUUGGCGCAGGAGAUCCCUUGACCAGCGAUGAUAAAAGUGGUGAUUCUUCCGAUGACUGGAUGAUCACGGAAGAGUUUGAUGUUGGCCCAGAAUUCAUCAAGCGGCAGCGUGCUGAGGAAGAUAAAUGGAGAAGGAAAGUCAGCAAAUGGGUCAGCGACGACCGCAAGAAUCUUGGAGAUGGGUGGAGAUGGACGAUUCGGGACUUGGUGAAAACGGACCCGACCUUUGAUAUUCCAGUUCCGGAUAAACGUUGA